AUGGAGCCGUUUAUUUAUUUGCCCGAAUACCCGUUUGCAUUUUGUACACAAUGCCGCAUUGGGUUUGUGGCCAGCGAGAUUGUACAUCAUAUAAAAGUUAAGCACAGCACAAAGACCCGACAGGAAACGAAGCGCAUUGCGCAAAAGGUGGCAGCCAUUCCAGGUAUAGCCAAGAAUCAGGACGAUUUGAAGAAUUGGAUAUUGCCGCCGCCAACCAUCCAGAUCAACCCGUACAUCCAAGCCCCACGAGACGAUGGAUUAGGAUGCAGCCAUUGCCAAUACGUAGUACGGGAUAAACAGCAGAUGCAGAAGCAUGGCCGGACCGAGCACGGUUGGGUCAGCCGUCGCAAGAGAGGCGGACAGCAGCAAGCCGUGCCCGACGAACAAGAUGCAAUGUUGGCCGUGCCGUGGAGAGACCACGUACAAUGCCAGCAGGUAUGCAAUUGGGGGCACGGCAAGCGUUGGUUUGAGGUUGGCCGCAACGAUGAAAGAGCGACACAGGAGGAGGCCACCGACGGUGAGGGUGAUGCCGAUCACGAGGCCAACGUCGCGUUUUUCAACAUGGUCCAGGAGGAAGGCAGGAAGGCGUUUGAGGAUGAAGCCAGCGGCCGUCGCGUCCAGGAUAUAGACGACAAGAAUGAGGCCCAUCAGUGGUUGGGUCGAUGCGGUUGGCCCCGCCAUUUGGAGGGUAUCCGCAUCGACCGGUUGAGGACAUUGUUGGAGCCGAUCAGCGAUGACGAGCCGGUGUUGCAGAGGAUGUGGGAAGUGUUGGAAAGCGUCAUGGAUGCCGCGUAUCAGGCGACGGCCCGCCAGUGUUACCCAGGCACGGCCGAGUUGUUUGAGAUUGCACGUAAAGAAGCGCAUAUGACGACGACAAAGCCGUUCCAGGGAUUGAUGGAACCCGAUGCAUGGGUGCGAUACAAGUCAUGGUGGAAGCAGUUGUUGUGCAUUUGGAAGCGAUACGACGAAUGGGAUGCAGAAGAUGGUUACGACAAUGAGAGAUUCAGUAACGGCGGAAGCAGCAGCAGCAGCAGCGACAGCGACAGCGAUACCGAUACCGACAGUAACAGCAAUAGGUCCGCGUAUGAUGAUGAUGCGGUCAGCCGCCGUUAUGGCCCAUCCGACCCACGUCCGCCGUAUAAGAUGACAAUACAGCAAGAAGAGUUGUGGAAAGCAUUCGACAACGGCAUCAGGCAGGUCGUCACGGGAGCCGACAGGGCAGGUCGGUACACAGCCGAUCGUUUGCAGCGGAGUUGCUUGGACGCCAUGGUGCAGUUUUUCGACCAUCCAUUGAAGAGCGGCAACCAUUACGAGAGCAUCGUCAUCAGCGCGUUGGCCGUUAUGGGGUUAGACGAGGGCGGCGGAUGGAAGCCCGUGGAGAAUUACACGUCAAUUUAUCCAGCCGUCAUCAAAGUGGCGAGGUAUUUAGUGUUGUACCAGUCCAUGUUGGAGCGUCAAGCACAGAUUGACCAGUUGGCCCAAUACGCAACCAUCCGUCAGGCCGAGGAGGAGGCCGAGGGAUUAUUCAGGAUCGUGCGACGCAAGGUGCGGCGGUUCAUGAUCCGCAUCCCCGAGGGAGAGGAUAUCGAGCCGUCGCCGAUGAAUUGGAUCAUCAACACGCGAACAUACGGCAUGCACAUUCGGUAUUCGAUGCCCGGUUCCGAGAUGAUCGAGUGGCAUGGCGAUCCGAUUUCAUGCAACAGGGUCAAGAUCAAGAUGAGCGAGAUAUCCGACAUGUUGCAUGCAUUCAUCGGGGAUGCACGGCAGACGAUCGAGGAUAGGCAUGGCGAAAGCGCGUUGGAGCAUUCAUUUUUACAGGAUGAAGCCAACCAGAGUUGGGUCAUCAAGGGCGACAGGUGGGUGCAAAAGCAAGUUGCAGCAAGCAAGGCCAAGAUGGAGGCAUGGAUCGCCAAGCCGCACAAUGAGGCGUGCCCGUACCGAGAAGAGGCAAUCCGACGGUACAGCCGUUUGAUAGAGGAAUUCAGGUCACAGUUGUUCGUCGCGAUGCACAUGUUGGGAGGCCAGCCGGCACGGUCCACCGAGAUUUUGGGGAUACGGAUGUGGAACACGAUGAACGGCGGAGUGCGCAACAUAUUCAUCCACGACGGCAUGGUUUGUUUCGUCACGAUGUACCACAAGGGAUUCCGGCAGUCAGGCAAGGUCAAGGUCAUCCACCGGUAUUUGCCACGCGAGAUCAACAUCAGCAUGUGGAGGCAUAUGGCCAUCGCCAUCAGCAACCGGUAUUUAAACAAGGCGUUCGGCGAGAUCGACGCAGGCGGCGGUGGCGAUGACGACGAUGACGGUGGUGAGGAUAGUUUGGUGGACAGCAUCCACGAUUUGCAGGCCGGGCACGGUUCACACAUAGCCGGGUUGAUAUACGCCCGGUUGUUCGGGCAGGGAGAUUUAAGCACGAUGAACAGGCGGGACGGGUUCCGCAAGGUAAGCAUGCAGUGGCAUCGGUUUUUUCGGGUUUGGGGCCGAGGACCGUGUAGAGCAGUUGGGCACGAAGCGUCCCCGUUACCCGUUCGACGAAGAGCGGGAGAUGACGAGGCGCAACAGGUUCGGCCGGUUGCACAGAGUGGACAUGCAAGGGCAGUUGAAGCAGAUGAUGGGGGCGACGGCAGCGUUCAGGGGCAGCAGGAAUCGGUCAUCCGGGCCGUGGCGCGAGGCGAGUGGCCCAUCGUGCAGAUCGCACCGACGGGUGGCGGCAAGAGUUUGACGUUCAUGUUGCCAGCAUAUUGCACACCGGAUGGGGUGACGGUAGUGGUGACGCCGUUGGUAGCGUUGCAGGACGACAUGGCGCAAGGGGUUCCGACCGAUGAUGAUGCGGAUAGGGGAGACAUUGCAGGAUUUCGGCGUACCCGUGAUUUGUUUGACGGCAACGUUGAAGCCGAAGGACGAGAUGGCGUUGUUCAGGGUUAUGCGGUUCGUGCCGGAGAGGGUAAGGAUGUUUCGCGAAGCGACAGGGCGGAAGAAUAUCGCGUACAGGGUAGAGGUGAUUGA